AUGUGUCGGGGAGCGCAGACAGCAGCUGCGGCGGCGCCCCGAAUCAAGAAGUUUGCCAUCUACAGAUGGGAUCCCGAUAAGCCUGGGGACAAGCCCCGCAUGCAGACGUAUGAAGUGGACUUGAAUAAAUGUGGGCCUAUGGUGCUUGAUGCUCUGAUCAAGGAUAAGAGUGUAAAUAUCUUAACGCUUUAUUCCUUUUUUUCCCACUCAGGCAUCUGCGGCUCUUGUGCUAUGAACAUUGCUGGCGGAAACACACUGGCCUGUAUCAAAAGAAUUGACCCUGAUCUCAACAAGAUCACUAAAAUCUACCCUCUCCCCCACAUGUAUGUGGUGAAGGACCUUGUUCCAGACUUGAGUAACUUCUACGCACAGUACAAAUCCAUCGAGCCUUACCUGAAGAAGAAGGAUGAGUCGAAACAGGGCAAGGAGCAGUACCUGCAGUCCAUAGAAGACCGUCAGAAACUGGACGGACUCUACGAGUGCAUCCUGUGUGCCUGCUGCAGCACCAGCUGUCCCAGUUACUGGUGGAACGGGGACAAGUACUUGGGUCCUGCAGUACUGAUGCAGGCCUAUCGCUGGAUGAUUGACUCCAGAGAUGACUACACAGAGGAACGCCUGGCACAGCUUCAAGACCCAUUUUCUCUCUACCGUUGUCACACUAUCAUGAAUUGUACAAGGACUUGCCCUAAGGGUUUGAACCCUGGCAAAGCAAUCGCUGAGAUCAAGAAGAUGAUGGCAACUUACAAAGAGAAGGCAACGGCUGCAUAAUGCUGUUCUCUAACUGGAAGUAUAACAUGCAAACAUGCUUUACCUGAAAGUAAUUUGUACCUGAUUUAGCAAGAGAAGGUUCCAGCAGGGAGUUUGGUGUUUUGUCCAUAGGUUUGCAUGUCCAAUAAAUACUGUAAAGAACAAA